CUAGUCCAAUCUGGCUAUAUUGAGUAGGUCGCAUCAUUGAAAGUAGGCCGCUUUACGACCUUUCCCUCAAACCUGUCACGUGAAAGGGAAGCGGGGCCCGAGUUAAGCUCCGACUCGUCGACAUGGCCGUGAACACAGAGGAAAGAGAAGGAUGUCAGUUUUCUCUGACGGAAACGUUGGAGGAGGCGACACAGCAGGGUGAAGCCCUGGAGCUGGAACUGAAGAGAAACAGGGACGUUCUCAGUGACCUGCAGGCAACGCUUUUGAAAGUUGCGAAGAGUCGUGACGCCGCACGGCUUCAGUUAAGCAGCACGGAGAGAGCAAUUGAAAACCAUUCCGACGAAAUUGUACAGCUGCAGCUGCGAGCCACUGACCUGGAGUCAGAUUCGCAAGCAACUUACCUGGAAAACAUCAAGCUUCAACACGAAAUCGAGGAAAAUAAAGAUAGCUUCCAGCUGACGCUGGCAGGGUACAACACGUACCGGAACAAGAUGGACAGCCACAAAGUGGCCAUCUUCAAACAAGAGAGCCAAACCGCGGUCCACAGGGAGCUGACGGAAAAGAGACGGCUAAUUAAUCAUCUUAAAGCGGAGAGAGAGAAGUUGAAAGUGGACCUUCAAAAUCCGGAGGGAAACGUCGUGAGACAAGCGCAGAAAGAAGUCGAUGAGUUGAGGGUGCAGAUUUCGGCUGUGAAGGGGCUGGUUUUCCACAAAACCCAGCUGCUGGCGAAGGAACACGAGACCCACACGCACCUGAGGAAGGACAUCGAGAUUCAGAACAGACGGUGCGACGCCAUUCUGAGACGGCUGCGCUGUCAGCUCAACAAAGCGCAGUCCAAUCACAGGCAGCUCACUGGCGACAUCUGCUGGCUGGAGAAGGAAGUGGCCGACCUCAGGAGGCGUCUCGCGAUCCAAGAGGGAACCGAAGCGGAUUUGUUCAAAGCGUUUUAAAAGUUAAAAUUCCCACCCAAAAUGUUAUAGUAAUUGUAUUAAGUGACUAGAAUGGCGUGUGUUAUUGCAUUUGCUUAUCCAGUUUCAUGCCAGCUUUGUCAGAAACAAAAUGUUGCCGUUUAAAUUACAUAUUUUUUGCUUCAACCCUGUUUAGGGAAUUAUUCAUGUACAGCAGGGAAAGGAUUUUAUGGAUUCUUGGUGUCCAGUUCAACUGUACAAAUGUCAUUCCAUACAAAGUUAAUGGGUCAUUGAACUGCAUCUUAACUAUGGAGUUAACAUCUAUUGUGCCAAUACUUUACUCUUUGCCUUUGGAUUAAUAACCUUCAUAUCUUUAAAAACACCGUAAUGACUGCAACUAUUGCACGAUAGGGUGUGUUAGAAAGCAAGUUCAAGCCCAUUGUGACCGAUAAACACACUGAGAAAGGAGGAGAGAUCACCACUUGCUUCAACAGAAUGAAGAUCACCCCCUCUAGUGGCGAGAAUGGGUACUAACGGAGGAAAGAUUGUUUAGCAUGUUGCGCGUUACACGACCAGACUUAUGUAAUCACACGCCUUGUUCAAUAUUUUGCAAAACUUUUAAUUGAACAAAAGUAUUUCAAUUCUCAAGACACCGUUUGAGGUGCAGUACCUUGAUACUGGGUCAGAACAAAUUUAUA